AUGGAUGUUGUGCCAACAUGGUUAGCCAAAUUGCCGCAUCUCCAGUGGAUUUCCUUGGGUACUAAUAACCUUGUUGGCUCAAUCCCACCCGAGCUUAGCAAUCUCACCAACCUUAAUAUCCUGGAGCUCUCUCAUGCCAACCUGAAAGGGGAAAUCCCACCACAAGUAGGUCUAAUGCAAGAACUCUCGACUUUAAAUUUUGAAAAGAAUCAACUAAAAGGUACAAUUCCACCUUCCCUUGGCAACUUGUCCAAAUUGUCCUAUCUAUAUUUGGACAGAAAUCACUUCUCCGGCAAAGUACCCACAACACUUGGGAGAAUUGCAACUUUGAAAAGGCUUCUUCUAUCUAAGAAUAAAUUAGAGGGGAAUAUGGACUUCUUGCUUGCUCUCUCCAACUACCGACAACUCCAGGACCUUGUAAUAACGAAUAAUUAUUUCACGGGUACCCUUCCAGACCAUAUGGGAAACCUCUCUACACAGUUAAUCACUUUUCGUGCAAGUUACAAUAAGUUAACCGGUGGAAUUCCAGCUACUCUCUCAAAUUUAAGCAGUCUGAAUUGGAUAGAUCUUUCCAACAACCUACUAGCGAAGGAAAUGCCAUACUCCAUCACUACAAUGGAAAACCUUGUGUUUCUCGAUAUCUCAAUGAAUGAAUUGUUAGGCACUAUCCCAAGUCAAAUUGGUACGUUCAAGAGUCUUGAGCGAUUGUUUUUGCAGAAAAAUAAAUUCUUUGGCUCUAUACCAAAUAGCAUUGGCAACCUUAGCAGGCUACAAUACAUUGACAUGUCCAAUAACCAGUUCAUUUCUGCACUACCUACAAGUGUAUUCCACCUAGAUGAACUUAUCAAAUUAAAUCUUUCUCACAAUUCCUUUGGUGGUGCGCUUCCGGAUGAUGUUAGCAUGCUAAGCCAAAUCGAUCAAAUAGACCUUUCUUCCAACUUCUUGGAUGGGAAGAUUCCUGGAUCAAUCGGGGAAUUUAAAAUGCUAACCUACCUCAAUCUAUCAUCUAAUUUGUUUGAAGGCCCAAUUCCAAACCAACUUAAUAAUCUAACUAGCUUAGAAUUAUUAGAUCUCUCCUCCAAUGAUCUUUCUGGCACCAUCCCCACUUUCUUUGCCAACUUUACAUACUUGAGUACCUUGAACCUCUCCUUCAAUAGGCUAGAUGGUCAGAUACCUAAGGGAGGUGUCUUCUUAAAUCUCACAUUGCAAUCUUUGAUUGGAAAUGUUGGGCUAUGCGGUGCUCCACGCAUAGGAUUUCCACCAUGCCUUGACAAAUCUCAUUCAAGCAACAAACACUUGUUGAAAUUUCAAAUCCUGAUUGUCAUUAUUACUUUUGGCGGUAUUGCAAUUUGCUUAUACCUAUGUAUCAAAAAAGAACUUAAGAAGCGAGAGGUCAAAGUUUAUGUCGAUCCAACCGAUGGCAUAUGCAAUAAGAUAGUGUCAUAUCAUGAGCUCCUUGGCGCCACCAACAGUUUCAGCGAAUAUAACAUACUUGGCUCUGGAAGCUUUGGAAAAGUUUUCAAGGGCCAAUUGAGCAGUGGUUUGGUGGUCGCAAUAAAAGUUCUGGACAUGCAACUGGAAAAGGCCAUCCGAAGUUUUGAUGCGGAGUGUCGAGUUCUUCGCAUGGUGCGACACCGCAACCUGAUACGAAUACUCAACACUUGUUCCAACCUCGACUUUAGAGCGCUUAUACUUCAGUACAUGCCAAAUGGCAGCUUAGAGACACUCAUACACCAGUCCGAGAAUACAACAUGCUUGGGGUUCCUUGAGAGGUUGGGCAUCUUGCUUGACGUGUCGAUGGCAAUGGCGUAUCUACAUCAUGAGCACCACGAGGUGAUCUUGCAUUGUGACUUGAAACCUAGCAACGUGUUGUUUGAUGAGGAUAUGAAUGUGCAUGUGGCGGACUUUGGCAUUGCGAGGCUGCUUCAAGGUGAUGACAACUCCAUGACAUAUGCGAGCAUGCCCGGAACAGUUGGGUAUAUGGCACCAGAGUAUGGGUCUCUUGGAAAAGCAUCGCGGAAGAGCGACAUAUUCAGCUUUGGAAUCAUGCUCCUCGAAGUCUUCACGGGAAGGAGGCCGACAGAUGCCAUGUUCGUCGGGGAACUGAGCCUUCGGCGGUGGGUUUGUCAGGCAUUCCCCUCGGAGCUUAUGCAUGUCGUCGAUGAGCGGCUACUACAAGGCCCGUCUUCUAGCUGCAACUUGGCCGAUGGCUUUCUUGUGCCAGUACUGGAGCUGGGUCUUCUCUGCUCCUCCGACUUACCUGACCAGAGAACGACGACGAUGAGCGAUGUGGUCGUGACACUAAAGAAGAUCAAAGUUGAGUAUAUCAAAUCGACAACAGCGAUGCCGGGGAGCGCAGCACAGUGA